GUGCCGCAGCCAUGGCGGAGCGCGUCGAGCAGCGGCUGGAGGACCGCGUGCCGGAGCUGGAGCAGUUGGAGCGGGUCGGCCUCUUCACGCACGAGGAGAUCAGGGCUGUCUUGAAGAAGGCCACGGCUCUGGAGUACAAAAUACAGCGGAGAGCCCUUCGGAAGGAGGAUUUUAUCAAUUAUAUCCAGUAUGAAAUUAAUCUCCUGGAACUGAUCAAGAAAAGAAGAGCGCGCACCGGGUACUCAUUUAAGAAGGAUGAAAUUGAGAGCUCUAUUAUGCAUAGGGUCCACAGCCUCUUCAAACGUGCCACUGGAAAAUGGAAAGAAGAUGUCCAGCUUUGGCUGUCACACGUUGCGUUUUGCAAGCAGUGGAAUGCAAAACAUCAGCUUAGUAAGGUGUUUUCUACCAUGUUGGCCAUUCAUCCCAAUAAACCAGCACUGUGGAUUAUGGCAGCAAAAUGGGAAAUGGAAACACGCCUCUCCUCAGAAAGUGCUAGGCACUUGUUCCUGCGUGCUUUGCGCUUCCAUCCAGAGUGUCCAAAACUUUACCAAGAGUAUUUCAGGAUGGAACUGAUGAAUGCGGAAAAACAGAGAAAGGAAAAGAAAGAACUUGAACGAGCAAAAAUGAACGUGGAGGAAUUCAAUUAUUCUGAGAAGAUUCUUAAUGGGGAAAUGGCUCACAUAAUCUACAGGGAUGCUGUUCAGAAAAUUAAAGGUGUUGAGUUCCGUCUGGCUCUGCUUUCUAUUGCGAAGCUCUUCGAUUUUACACACGAUUUGCAAAAAGAAAUUCUUGAAAGUUUGCAGGCUGAAUAUGCUGAUAAUCCUCUGAUGUGGGACUACAUGGCCCGUCGAGAGCUGGAGCUGGGAUCCUUGCAGUCCACAGAACCCACCACAAAACAGAUGAAAGUGUCUGAAAUGACCCAGAGAGAGGAACGUUGCAGUGCAGUCUUUGAAGAGGCUGUGACAGCAGUCCCCACAGAGGACAUGUGGAAAUGCUACAUCACUUUCUGCUUAGAGAGAUGUAACAGGAAAACCAACAGUGAAGAAUUAAAGCAAAAGAGGCUGGAGAGGACACUGAGUGUGUUCAGCAAAGCCCAUGAGUCCAGUUUGCUGCCAGAAGCUCUCUAUAAGCAGUGGCUUAAACUGUUACUGGAGUCCAGCCUUUCUCAGAAGGCUGCAGAGGUGGCAGAAGCUGCAACGAAGCGUUUCAGCCCGUCAGUGGAAAUGUGGCAGAUGAGGCUGCAGGUGCUGAUCCAGUUGAAGAGUGACAGUGUGACCCAAUGUUUUGAAGAAGCCUUUAAGCAUGUGAAAGGAUCUAAGGGCACUUUACCAUUAUGGAUCCUCUGGGUGGAAUGGAGUGAAGUCGCAAAUAGCAAGGAAGACACAGAAGCUCUGUACCAGAAGUCCUUACAUGCCAUAGCUCCUGCUGAAUCUGUGACUAUGAAAGAAAAGUAUCUUGACUGGGCUUAUAGGAAUGGUGGUUAUAAGAAAGUAAGAAGAGUCUUUACCAGCCUGUAUGAAAGUCGUCCGCUUUCGCUUGACUUCUUCAGGAAGAUGAUUGAGAUAGAAAAGGAGCAAGAAUCAUGCAAAAUGCUUCAUCUGAGAGAAUACUAUGAACGUGCUUUGAGAGAGUUUGGUUCAGCGGAUUCUGAUCUCUGGCUGGAAUAUAUCAAGGAGGAGCUAAGUCAUCCCCAGGGCAAACCAGAAAACUCUGGGAGUAUUCACUGGCGAGCUAUGAAGAUGUUACAGGGAGAUCAGGUGGAAGACUUCAUUUCCAAAUACACUUUAUUGCAAACUGGACACUUAUGAAAAACUGAAAAUAAUUACAGCACAACAUUGUGGAUUUUUUUUAAAAACUUGUGUAGAAAGGUAAAUAUGUUCUUUGUCAUAUUAAAGUGCACUUUCUUACUGCAUGUGUGAAAAGAA